UCAGGAACUGAUAAAACCACAUGUACUACCUACAACCUUUGUAAACACAUGGAAGUGACUCUGGUGUGCUUGCUGCAUCAGCACUGUGCAUGAUCACCAAGUGGAAGCUCCCAUCUUCCAUUUCAGCAGAGAAAUCAAGGAAAAAAGAACAUAGUUUUAGCUCUUUCUUGGUGUUCUGAAACGCCUUUCACUUCUGGGGUGAAGACGCCAUUCGCCAUUUUCAGCAUCCAAUGGCGAAAUUUUUACUCUUUCUGGUGACCCUUUUGGGAGUACUCCUUUGUGGGCAAUCCAAGUUCAUGGUUUACAACACUUCGCAGGGCAUAGUACCUGGGAAGCUCAACGUUCAUCUUGUUGCUCAUACCCAUGAUGAUGUUGGGUGGUUGAAGACGGUUGAUCAGUACUACGUUGGUUCUAACAAUUCAAUUCAGGGGGCUUGUGUGCAAAAUGUGUUGGACUCCAUGGUUGGUGCUCUGGUGGCCGACAAGAACCGAAAAUUUAUAUAUGUUGAGAUAGCCUUUUUCCAGCGAUGGUGGAGAGAUCAGAGUGAAAUUGUGCAGAAUGUAGUUAAGAAACUUGUUACUUCGGGUCAACUGGAGUUCAUAAAUGGGGGCAUGUGUAUGCAUGAUGAGGCAGUAACUCAUUACAUUGACAUGAUUGAUCAGACUACACUUGGACAUCGGUUUCUGAAACAGGAGUUUGGUUUAACUCCUAGAAUUGGUUGGCAAAUUGACCCCUUUGGACAUUCUGCUGUGCAGGCUUACUUGUUGGGAGCUGAAGUUGGAUUCGACUCAUUUUUCUUUGGUCGGAUAGAUUACCAAGACAGGGCUAAGCGCAAAAAGGAGAAGAGUCUCGAGGUUAUCUGGCAGGGUAGCAAGAGCCUUGGCUCGUCCGCCCAGAUCUUUGCUGGUGCAUUCCCUGAGAAUUAUGAGCCUCCCCCUGGUGGAUUUUACUUUGAAGUUAAUGAUAACUCACCAAUAGUUCAAGACAACAUGGAUUUGUUUGAUUAUAAUGUCCAAGAUCGAGUGAAUGACUUUGUUGCUGCUGCAUUAUCACAGGCAAACAUCACUCGUACAAAUCACAUAAUGUGGACUAUGGGAACUGAUUUUAAGUAUCAAUAUGCACAUACAUGGUACCGACAAUUGGACAAGCUUAUUCAUUAUGUGAACCAGGAUGGACGUGUCAAUGCUCUGUACUCUACGCCAUCCAUAUAUACUGAUGCGAAAUAUGCUACAAAUGAGUCCUGGCCAACCAAGACCGAUGAUUUCUUCCCUUACGCAGAUCGUGCAAAUGGUUACUGGACAGGAUACUUUACCAGUAGGCCAGCUGUCAAACGUUAUGUCCGAUUAAUGAGUGGCUAUUAUUUGGCUGCCCGACAACUAGAAUUUUUUAGAGGGAGAAUGAAAUCUGGGCCAAAUACAGACUCAUUAGCUGAUGCUUUAGCAAUUGCCCAACACCAUGAUGCAGUCACUGGCACGGAAAAGCAGCAUGUGGCCAAUGAUUAUUCUAAACGAUUGUCAAUAGGCUACAAGGAGGCAGAGGAGUUGGUUUCGUCAUCACUGGCUAGCUUGGUUGAGUCGACAUUGCUUACUAGGUCUCAGAAUCCAGUUACCAAGUUUCAACAAUGUCCACUUUUGAACAUAAGUUACUGUCCUGCAUCAGAAGUUGAUCUGGCUCAAGGAAAGAGUUUGGUUAUUGUGGUUUACAACUCUCUUGGUUGGAGAAGAAAUGAAGUGAUUCAAAUUCCGGUUAUCAAUGGCGAUGUUACAGUUCAUGACUCCAACGGUACACAAGUAGAAUCUCAGCUUCUUCCUCAGGCAGAGGUAUAUGCAGACUUAAGAAACUACUAUGUCAAGGCAUACUUGGGACAAACUCCACCCAAGACACCCAAGUAUUGGCUUGCAUUUUCCGUAUCUGUACCGCCACUUGGCUUUAGCACCUACACUGUCUCAACUUCCAAAAAGACAGGUUCCACCAGAUCAUUGGUAUAUACAUAUCAAAGUGGUGAAAAAUCUAGAUAUGAAGUUGGUCAAGGAAAUCUGAAGCUUACAUUUUCUACAGAUCAAGAAAAAUAUAACAAUUAUGUUAAUAUGAGAAACUUGGUUGACGAACAAGUUGAUCUGAGUUACCUUUACUAUUCAGGAUAUAACGGAACUGACCAAAAAGAUCCACAGAAUUCUGGGGCGUAUAUAUUCCGUCCAAAUGGCACAUAUCCGAUAAACCAUAAAGGACAGGUUCCAGUGACUGUUCUGCGCGGACCGAUACUAGAUGAAGUGCAUCAGCAAAUCAAUCCAUGGAUAUAUCAGAUUACCAGAUUGCAGAAAGGAAGCGAGCAUGUUGAAGUAGAGUUCAUUGUUGGCCCUAUACCUAUUGAAGAUGGAAUUGGUAAAGAAGUUGCAACUCAGAUUUCAACUUCUAUGGAAACCAACAAAGUAUUUUACACAGAUUCUAAUGGGCGUGAUUUUAUCAAAAGGAUACGUGACUACAGAACAGACUGGGAGCUGGAAGUGAACCAGCCCAUUGCUGGAAAUUAUUACCCUAUUAAUCUUGGCAUAUACAUGAAGGAUAAUAAAACAGAAUUCUCUGUUUUGGUGGAUAGAGCUAUCGGAGGAUCUAGCUUACAAGAUGGACAAAUAGAGCUAAUGGUCCACAGGAGACUGCUACUUGAUGAUUCAAGAGGUGUUGCAGAGGCCCUAAAUGAAACAGACUGUGUUGCUGAUGAUUGCAGGGGUCUAACUGUCCAAGGCAAAUAUUACUAUAGAAUAGAUCCCUUGGGAGAGGGAGCUAAGUGGCGCCGUACUUUUGGACAGGAAAUAUAUUCUCCACUUCUAUUAGCCUUUGCUGAAAAGGAUGAUAAAGAUGACUGGAUAAAUACCCAUGUAACAACAUUUUCAGGAGUAGACUCUUCUUACACAUUACCUGAAAACAUUGUUAUAUUAACAUUACAGGAACUUGAGAAUGGGACAGUUCUCCUUCGGCUAGCGCAUUUAUAUGAGAUUGAAGAAGACAAGGAUUUCUCUGUAAUGACAAAUGUGGAGCUGAAAAAAAUCUUCCCUGGGAAGAAGAUCAAAGAGGUGAAAGAGAUGAACUUAUCUGCCAAUCAAGAAAGGACAGAGAUGGAGAAGAAAAGACUUGUUUGGAAAGUAGAAGGCUCUUCUGGAAAUGAACAUGUCUCAAGGGGAGGGCCAGUUGAUCCCAAAGAGCUAAAUGUGGAGCUUGCUCCUAUGGAAAUCCGCACUUUCAUCAUUUACUUUGAUGACGUGCCUAACCAUCUUCUUGAUGCAUUGUAGAGUAAUCACUUGUUAAAGUCCUUGCUUUUGAUCAAGCAUGUUGGUAUAUAACACGUGUUAUAAUUGUAAAGCCUGAAGCUUUUAAUUGUUGGGUAUUUUGCAUAACACCAUAUGUAUCUUCCUUUUCUUCAAUUCAGCUUGAAGACUAGUAGUAAUUAGCCUGUUUUUACAUAUAA